AACGUGCAGAAGCGACUGCGCGAUUUGCGCGAUAAACUGCGAGAGUUCGACGACCCUUUUUGCACACGGCACGAUGCUCACAUGCUUCAGGUGGCACACAAGAUGGCGUGGUUAGGCCGACCUCUGAAAUGGCCAGACCCACAGCUACCAUCCCAACAGCCUGUGUUUGGACCACCUCGAAAGAUUAGUGCUCUGAUAUUGGGUGACUCCCUUACUAAAUACUUGCGGGAGAACUUUGACAGUUGCCUGUUGAGCCCAGACGUGCACACUCGUCGAGGGGCAACUGUGCAAAUUCUUCGUCAGUAUGUUAUUAAUAACGCCCAUCAGUUGCAUACUGCUGACGUUAUAUUUUUGCAUGUCGGAACAAAUAACCUUGAACAGGGCUUCCUUCACAGCAACAUCCAAGCCUACAGGAGACUACUUACCACUGUAAGGGAAAACUUCCCCCUUACUGAGAUAGUGGUAAGUGGUAUUUUACCCCGUUCAGAUGAUAGCCGACUUAAUCUAUCUCGGGUAAUGCACAAUAUUAAGCUGGCCAAUAUUUGUCACAAUUUUUCACAUUGCAAGUUUUUAGAUUUCAGUGACAUGUUCCAUGAAUGCCAUCUUGCUAAAGAUGGACUUCAUCUUAACUGGGACGGAAAUUACCUCUUCAGCCGGCUUAUACAGAAGCAAUUAGAGAAAAUGUCAAAACCCAUAGACCCUCGUGGUACACCCCAACCCCAUUGUCCACAUGAGCUGAAGAAACUGGUCCGAACACCGAGGAAGAAAAUCUCAGCGAAAUGCCCAAAGACCAAGCGGUGCAUUGACAUCCCAAAGCCUCCCACAAGUUCCAGUACAACCUCAAAGACAUCGGACACCACUAAGCCUCCUCCUUCUGUCACAACCAAGCCUCCCAAAAUGUCAAGAAAACAGAGGAAGUCAAGACAAGUCAUCGAGGACAGAGAAGGUUUUUUGCAGCUUGGGAGGAGUUUGUCUAGUACCAAACCAGUGAUGUACUUCAUCAAACCUUAUGUGGCUAUGGCCACAAUACGGUAUGAGGAGGUCAACAGCAAUUUUCACCAUUCUCGAGGUGCUUCACACCAACAAGUGCGCCUUCCGAAGGCAGAGACACCUUAUGUUGCAUCACGCAAGCAAGGGAAGAGGCGACGCAAAAGAAAAAAGCAAAUCGUGAAAAGACGGAGGCGGCGAAAAUGGAAGGUACCUUGGGAGGCUUCAGUCAAGUUUUCCUGGAGGAAUGAUGGGCAAAUGGACAACAACAAAACAGGAAGCCAAGGAGGUAACAAUAUGUCAUUGCAGGGGUGAAGCAAUCUCAAGGGGGUUCAAAACGAGCUCGACCCCCUUGUCAGAAAGUUGAGUGUGGUCCGUGCCAAAUUUGCUCAAGAUCCAGUACAAAAUGGACCCAUCUUAGCAUCUUGAGCAACUCAAAGGUUAAACAAUAUUUUAGAACUUACUUGCCACAUUUGAGUGAGGAUGGUUGCAUUUGUAAUGCAUGCAGGCACAAAUUUACAAAAAAAAGUAACAAUCCAGUCUAUACGCCAGAAAAAACAAGAUCUAAGCAAAGACCUCUUUGUUACCUUAACAAAUAUGACAUGUGUUCAACAGUUUCAGUGGCAGAUAGCUCUAUUUCUUUGGAAACUUUUCAAUCCUGUUUUCCAACCAUUGACUGUUUAUUUAUACCAAGCUGUGUUUCUUUGUGCAGUUUACACAAAUCUUUCAUAUACAACAUUCAGUCAAAUGCAAAGUGUGUGGUUUGUGGUGUCAUUCUGGUUAAUUGUAGAAGGUAUGCAUGUACAAAUCUGGAUAUUAACAAUGCAUAUCUGCAACUAAAUAUUUCAAUUGACGAGGUAACAAUUACUACUUUCAGUUCUCUUUGCUUUACUUGCUAUUCUGUGGCUAAAAGGAAAGUAGUACCUGUUACACGUUUGGAGGAUGUUGAGUUAAGUUUAGAGAGUCAUAAAGAAAUGUCACACACAAGAACAGCACUUUGCAUGACCUGUAAGGAAAUUUGUAAGCUAUGCAACAGUCAUGAGGCGUUUCUUCUUGCAGACAUGUACGAUUUAUUUGUAUCUUUACUAAAACUCAAAUGUGGUGAGGCAAGUUGUCUUGAAUCAUGUAAGCGAAGUUCUAGAUGGUUGUUGUCUGGAAUUUUUGAGAUAUUUGGGGACUUGAUAGAAGUGCACAAGAUGUCUACACGUAAAUACAGCACUUUAUUACUUUACAAGGACCUUAAUUUCAGAAAGGCCUUGCAUUUGUCAUGUGCCAAAUUACGGUAUCAUUCUAAAAGAAGUGGGGAUGAGAUGUUCUCUGAAGAUUUUAAACCCACAUUAAAUUCUGAAAGAGAUAUCAAUAAGAUGGCUCUUUAUUUCCUGCCUCAUAUAAAUAGAAAACUCAAGCACCAAUCUGGAGAGAUCACUAAACACUACACACAAAAUCUAAUGGAAACUGGCUCUUUUAACUUUGAUUCCCUGUUCGACAUGAUUGACCCAGAAGUGUGGAAUACUGUUUCUUUGUUGACUGCAAACAACGAUGAGUUAAAAUAUUUCAGUGAAUGUGGAUCAUUGUUUGGAAAUGGCAAGCUUGUUUUCCCAAGCUACUCAAAACCACAUGGAAGACAGCGACGCAACAGAAGAAUAAUUCUCAUUAUGGUUAUGCAGUUCACUUACAAUGAAUCCAACAACUAUCCAUUUCAUAUUGUCAUUGCAAAUUGUGUGAAACGACUUUCACAUUCAUCAAAACUAAUUAAAUUGUUGAAUCAGUCUGGCUUCUGCACUUCUGAAGACACUUUAGAUAGAUUCUUAGAAACCAUAAAACAGCUUCGCCAACAGUCGGGUUUACUUUCUACACUAGAAUC